AUGAUCGACCUGAUUUUUGGGACCAUGUUUGGCCGUGCCACGUGACCAGUCAUUGAAGAGACCUCAUUCCUUGAGCAUGACAGAUAAGCCGUGGGUUUUGCUUGACCAUGAGUCUUGAUUGGCAGAGCUCGCACUCGGACGGACAGACCAACCCUCAUGGACACGGGCGACUGCUUCUUAGCUUGAGGAUCAAGGUAAGCGAUCCUGUACUCCUAUCUAUGCGACCCUUGGCGGUUCGGCAAGCAACGGAGAAAACCCUAGCAUCGGCCUCACAUUAUGUCAUCAACAAGUCUUGGGGGAACAGGGACUGAACGCCCAUCCCCGCGUUGUCGGUUUGACAAUAUCGGACCUACAUUCUUGCAGAAGCGUUCCAUUUUCUGUCUUUGCACGCUUCAACGACAGUACAAUGCCUCACUCAUACAGCUCGUUCCCACCACAGCUUCAAGAAUGGGCACUGCAACAGCCCAUGUUCUGUACGGGCUCGGCUCCAUUGCGCGGCCAUCAUGUCAAUCUAUCACCUAAGGGUGUUCCGGCCACAACCUUUGCCAUUUUGGACGACCACCACGCUGCCUAUCUCGACCUGGUCGGCUCAGGCGCGGAGACCAUCGCCCACAUCUACGAGAAUGGCCGAGUAACGGUCAUGUUCUGCAGUUUCGGUCCCAACCCACGUAUCAUGCGGUUAUAUUGCAUCGGACAUGUGAUUGAGUACAACAGCCCAGAAUUCAUGCCAAUGAUCGAUCGCAUGGGACUUAAAUUCAUCCCCGGAACGAGAGCGGUGGUGGUACUGGACAUUUGGAAGGUUUUCACGUCGUGCGGAUAUGCAGUCCCAACAAUGGAUGAGGAAUCGCACAAGGCUCAUUCGAUCGAGAAUGCCAACCAAGAAAUCGCAACCACCGGCAAAUUGUCUACCAAGCCAUGCAAAUGCUUCGAAGAGCGGCAUUUGCUCGAACAGUGGCUGGUCAACAAGGUCAAUAAGAAGGCGCUGGAUGCGUACAUGAUAAAAUUCAACUCGAGAAGUAUGGACGGCUUGGUUGGGCUUCGAGCCGCCCGCAAAACCAAUGGAGAAUGGCUCUGGGUAGGUGACACCUGGGCGUGGAUGCAGAAAAAGUUGGACUAUCCGGAGGCUAUCCUACUCGGUGUCUUUAUCGGAAUUUUGCUCUGCAUACUGGGCCCAGCCUUGCCAAUCGCCAUUGUCAGGCUAUCUGCACACUUCCAGGCUCCCAUCUCGUGGCUUAGUUGGCUCCUGAGUUCGCUCUUAUGGCGCUCAUUGUCAGGGCUAAAGCUGCUGGUCUUCAAAGUAUGUUUACUACUGAGGAUAGCAGCACUGCAUUUUGAACUAUUGCUUCGGAGUUUGGAGGCUUCUGCCAUGCCCAGUGUGCGGGCUUCGAUCUCCAGAUAGCCUUGCGAUACCAGUGGUGAUAGGAAAAGUCCAAUGUAUACUACUAGCCCUCGCAAUACUGUGGGAUAAUGUCUGGCUCGUAUUGAAUACUCUUUCUCGAUUCAUGUGGUCUGAGACUCCUGUACAGCCGCUUACCUCGGUAACGCUUCCGAUUGUUGUGGCAAAACAAAUCGACAUCGAUCAGACCAUUGUUAUUGUCACGAAGUUGGUCCUUGCCACGACACUCAUGAUAGCCUAGGACAGCGGCCAGAAUGCCCAAUGGCUGGCAAGCGAU